AUGACCACCAAACCCCUCCGCAUAGGCUUCGUCCCCGAGCACUUCUCCACCCCCCUUCACUACGCCACAACUCACUUCUCCCUCUCGGCGACCCUAAUUCCCUUUCCCUCCGGCACAGGACACAUGAUAACCUCUCUCCGCUCUGGCGAAAUCGACAUUGGCAUCGGACUGACAGAAGGCUGGAUCGCAGGACUCGGCAAAGACGGCGGCAGUACUGAAGGCGAUUCCAAAGACGGUGGUUACCGUAUCGUGGGAACGUAUGUGGAAACACCGUUAUGUUGGGCAAUUUCCACCGGGCCGAAACGGGAUAUAAAUGGUGUAGAGGACUUGGAGAAGAAUAAUAAAAUUGGAGUGUCGAGGAUUGGGAGUGGGAGUUAUGUUAUGGGCUUCGUGCUUGCGGAUCAAAGAGGCUGGUUGGGAAAGUCGGAGAAGCCGUUUGAGGUUGUGCCGUUGGGGACGUUUGAUAAGUUACGGAAGGGAGUUGCUGAUGGAACGGCGGACUUUUUUAUGUGGGAACACUUCACCUCAAAACGCUACUACGACAACGGCGAAAUAAAACGCAUCGGAGAGAUCUACACACCAUGGCCAUCCUGGCAAAUCGUAGCUUCCACAUCCACCUCCCCCACCGACGACCGUCUAUCUGACCUCUUCACCAAACUCGACCAAGGAAUCAAACAUUUCAACGAGAACCCUGAAGAAAGCGUGAAGUACAUCAGCACAUCCCUAGAUUACAGUGAGAAAGACGCGCGAGAAUGGCUGAAAACUGUAAAGUUCGCAAAUGGUACGAAAGGAGUAGAUGUCAGCGUUGUAGAGAAAACUUUAGGAAUAUUAAGGAAAGCAGGCGUAGUUGGAGAGAGCGGCAUGAAGGAGAAAGAAAUGUCUGCAAUCACAAGAACAUAG